AUGAUCCGAAGAGGCGCUCGGGAGAAGUCCGGGGGCGGAGACGACGCGAUCGCGCCACGGUCUUCCCCCCACGCAACAGCAGGACCGGCCACGAUUGGUGGAGAAACUUGGGGGCUCUGGCCAGGACGAUCGUGGGAGGGAAACUAUACAGAGUACAGAGUAGAGAGCACGAAGCGAAACUCAGGAUCCACCGCCGAGAAGGCGAGCGCGAGCGACCCUCGGGAAGAAUGCACGGUCGUCCUCGGUGGCCACUCAUCCUACACCGUCGAGGAUACGUACUACUUUACGGGACACACAUACACUAUGGCAUCGCCCUUGCAACACGCAAAUAUGCGGGAGCUUAUUCCCUUUAUUCAGUAUGAUUCUGGGAAAUUCCGGUUCUCCUUGUCCGUCAAAAUCACUAAAUGCGCGGUCCAGCUCUAG